AUGGGAUUUUCUUCAUUCAGAGAUGGGAAGGAAAGGGUCCCUGAGCUGGACAACUGUCCUGUGCACAGAAGUGCCUGGAACGAGGCUCCUUGUAGGCCAGUUCUAGCCUCCACGGCAGUGGUGACAACCCAGCAUCGAAGUUCUUACUACCUCCUGUCCAGUCCUCUGUAUGUUUUCUACACAGAGAAAGUAACUCCGUGGGCUGAGGAAUAUAGUGGCAUUUAUGGAAACGUAACCAAAUUCUUGACGUUCCCAGGAAUCCUGUACAUCAAUCCCACGGACCUGGGCUGGAACCCUCCCGUGAGUAGCUGGAUUGACAAGAGGGAAGUCCAGACAGAGAGAGCCAACCUCACCAUCCUGUUUGACAAGUACCUCCCGACCUGCUUAGACACACUCAGAACCAGAUUCAAGAAGACGAUUCCAAUCCCGGAGCAGAGCAUGGUUCAGAUGCUGUGCUACCUUCUCGAGUGUCUCCUGACCACAGAGGACAUCCCUGCAGACUGCCCCAAGGAAACCUACGAGCUCUAUUUCGUGUUUGCCGCCAUCUGGGCUUUCGGCGGAGCAAUGGCCCAAGAUCAGCUUGCGGACCACCGGGAAGAGUUCAGCAAGUGGUGGCUCGCGCAUUUCAAGACAGUCAAGUUUCCCUCCCAGGGAACCGUCUUUGACUACUACAUAGACCCAGAGACCAAGAAAUUCGAGCCCUGGUCCAAGCUCAUCCCCCACUUUGAAUUCGACCCCGAGAUGCCUCUGCAGGUGAGUGUGGCCGAGUGACCAAGGAUGUCUGCUUGUGCCAAGGAUC